GCAGCUUCGCCCCCCGUUCAGUCUGUAACCACCAGCAACGGAGUCGGUGGGCUGCUGAGGAGAAACCGUCUUUAUUUUUUUAAUUUUUUUUUUUGCUACGCACUUUUUAACCUGCUGCCGCAGGAAACGCACGCAUUCCAAAGACGUGUUCUUUUGUCUCCCAAGCCCACGGUUUGGUUACAAAUGCAACCAGCCCGUCUAUUAAUUAGUCUCCCUUUAUUUGACUGGUAGCUACUAGCAUGUUAGCCUGUGAUCAAUAAAGCCCGCUGCUUGAUCGCUGCGGAUCGAAGCAACCCGCGAAGCUCUACGCGCUGUGGAAGCCUUUUCAUUUUUUUUUUUUUUUUUUAAUUUUUUAUUUUUUUAAUGAGAACACAUCUUUGUGAGUCGGAGCGGUCGCUGUCUGCAGCUGGCGGUGAAUGCGUGUCGGAGGACUCGCACAGGGAGGGAAAACACUGGGCUUCGGCACCCAGGUAGCCACCUAGCCAGCAGCCACCACGGCGCCUCGAGUCGAGUCGGGCUCCCUCAGCGCGCUCUCUCUCUCCGCGGGAUUUAUUGACUUUGUGAAAAGCCGUCUGUUUCUAAUCAACAAUGCGACCUUCCACGACCAACAUGUUGGUAACGGCGCUGCUCUACCUGGAAUUUCUGCACAGUUUGGACGUUAUCCUUCCUACCAGAGCGAUCGAUGCUCCAAAGACUUGCAGUCCCAAGCAGUUUGUAUGUAAGGACCAGGUGACCUGCAUCUCCAAGGGCUGGCGCUGCGAUGGGGAGAAAGACUGUCCAGAUGGUUCAGAUGAGGCUCCCGAUGUCUGUCCCCACAGUCGUGUGUCACGCUGCCCACCCAACGAGUACCAGUGUCUGGGCACAGAGGUGUGCAUCCACAUGAGUAAGUUGUGCGAUGGGGUGCACGACUGCACGGACGGCUGGGACGAGGGCCCGCACUGCAGAGAGUUUGCCUCAAACUGCACACACUUUGGCUGCCAGUACAACUGUUCAGUGACACAGUCUGGUCCCAUGUGCUACUGUAAGAAUGCCUUUGAGGUUGCCUUUGAUGGAAAGUUGUGCAAAGAUUUUGAUGAGUGUACAGUUUAUGGGACCUGCAGCCAGACCUGUACCAACACCGUGGGCUCCUACACCUGCAGCUGUGUGGAGGGCUAUCUGCUGCAGCCAGACAACCGGUCCUGCAAGGCCAAGAAUGACCCAGUGGAUCGGCCUCCAGUAUUGUUCAUUGCCAGCUCCCAAAACAUCCAGGCCACAUCACUGAGCGGCACCCCCAUUCAUGGCUUAGUGUCUACCAGCACCAAGCAGACCAGUGCCAUGGACUUCAUCUACACAGAUGAGACUUUGUGUUGGAUCAACGUGGGUGAUAUAGCUGCUGGCACCCAACUUAAGUGUGCCCGCAUCCCCAACCUGAAGAGCUUCACAGAGGAGAGGACCAUCAACAUCUCUCUGAGCCUAUACCAUGUGGAGCAGAUGGCCAUCGACUGGCUCACAGGAAACUUCUACUUUGUGGAUGAUGUGGAUGACCACAUCUUUGUCUGUGAUAAGGAUGGGACAACUUGUGUCACGCUUCUGGAUCAGGAGCUCUACAAUCCUAAGGGCAUCGCCCUGGACCCAUCAAUGGGCAAGGUGUUCUUCACAGACUAUGGGCAGAUCCCCAAAGUGGAGCGCUGUGACAUGGAUGGGCAGAACCGAACCAAGCUUGUGGACAGCAAGAUCGUAUUCCCUCAUGGGAUCACCCUGGACCUGGUCAGCAGACUGGUGUACUGGGCUGAUGCCUACUUGGAUUACAUCGAAGUAGUGGACUACGAGGGCAAGAACCGCCACACUAUCAUCCAGGGCCUGCUGAUUGAACACCUGUACGGUUUGACUGUGUUUGAGAACUACCUUUACGCCACCAACUCGGACAAUGGCAACAUGCAGCCCAAGACGAGUGUGAUCCGAGUCAACCGCUUCAACAGUUCUGAUUACCAGGUGGUCAGCCGUGUGGACAAGGGAGGCGCCCUGCAUGUGUACCACCAGAGACGUCAACCCCCAGUGCGGAGCCACGCCUGUGAGCCGGACCAGUUUGGGAAGGCAGGAGGAUGCUCUGAUAUUUGCCUGCUGGGGAACAGCCACAAGAGCCGCACCUGCCGCUGUCGUUCAGGCUUCAGCCUUGGCAGUGAUGGCAAAUCCUGCAAGAAACCUGAGCACGAGCUCUUCCUGGUCUACGGGAAGGGGCGUCCAGGCAUUAUCCGCGGCAUGGACAUGAACGCCAAGGUGCCUGAUGAAUACAUGAUUCCUAUUGAGAACCUGCUGAACCCUCGAGCCCUCGAUUUUCAUGCUGAGAGCGAGUUCAUCUACUUUGCGGAUGCUACCAGCUACCUCAUCGGCCGGCAGAAGAUUGAUGGCACUGAGAGAGAUGUAAUCCUGAAGGAAGGGAUCCACACUGUGGAGGGCAUUGCUGUGGACUGGAUGGCCGACAACCUUUAUUGGACCGAUGAUGGCCCCAAGAAGACCAUCAGUGUGGCACGGCUAGAGAAAGCCUCCCAGACGCGCAAAACCCUCAUUGAGGGCAAAAUGACACACCCUCGUGCUAUCGUGGUGGACCCCCUUAACGGGUGGAUGUACUGGACAGACUGGGAGGAAGACCCAAAAGAGAGCAAACGAGGCAAGAUUGAGAGGGCCUGGAUGGAUGGAACAAACAGGAAUGUCUUUCUCACCUCAAAGACAGUCCUGUGGCCCAACGGCCUCAGCCUAGACAUCCCGCAGGGCAUCCUGUACUGGGUGGAUGCCUACUAUGACCGCAUUGAGAUGGUUUACCUCAACAACUCUGAGCGCAAGACUGUGUAUGAGGGCCAGGAGCUCAACCAUGCCUUCGGCUUAUGCCACUACAAGCAUUUCCUUUUCUGGAACGAGUACCGCAGCGGCAGCAUCUACAAGCUGGACCAGAUCACCAAGACUGUCACCUUGUUGCGUAAUGAGCGCCCACCCAUCUUCGAGAUUCGGACAUAUGAUGCCCAGCAACAACAAGGUUCCAAUGCCUGCCGUGUGAACAAUGGCGGCUGCAGCAGCCUCUGUCUGGCCACACCCAAUGGCCGAAGCUGUGCUUGUGCAGAAGAUCAACUGCUGGACACAGACAAUGUCAGCUGUAAAGCAAACCCCUCCUACAUCCCCCCACCUCAGUGCCAACCUGGCGAAUUUGCCUGCAAGAACAACCGCUGCAUCCAGGAGCGCUGGAAGUGUGACGGGGACAACGACUGCCUGGACAACAGCGAUGAAGCUCCACAGUUGUGCCACCAGCACACCUGCCCCACAGACCGCUUCAAGUGCCAGAACAACCGAUGCAUCCCACUCCGCUGGUUGUGUGAUGGGGACAAUGACUGCGGCAAUAACGAGGAUGAGUCCAACACCACCUGCUCUGCCCGGACCUGCCCUCCCAACCAGUUCUCCUGCGCAAGCGGGCGAUGCAUCCCUAACUCCUGGACCUGUGACCUGGAUGAUGACUGCGGCGAUCGGUCAGAUGAGCCAGCAUCUUGUGCGUACCCCACCUGCUUCCCACUUACGCAGUUCACUUGCAACAAUGGCCGCUGCAUCAACAUCAACUGGCGUUGUGACAAUGAUAACGACUGCGGGGACAACAGCGAUGAAGCCGGGUGCAGCCAUUCCUGCUCUAGCACCCAAUUCAAGUGCAACAGUGGCCGUUGCAUCCCCGAGUACUGGACCUGCGACGGGGACAACGACUGUGGUGACUACAGUGAUGAGACCCAUGCCAACUGCACCAACCAGGCUACCCGCCCGCCUGGCGGGUGCCACGUGGAUGAGUUUCAGUGCCGCAUGGACGGGCUUUGCAUCCCCAUGCGCUGGCGCUGCGAUGGCGACACUGACUGCAUGGACCUGAGUGACGAGAAGAACUGCGAGGGCGUCACACACAUGUGCGACCCAGCCGUCAAGUUUGGCUGCAGGGACUCUGCUCGUUGCAUCAGCAGGGCCUGGGUGUGUGAUGGGGACAACGACUGUGAAGACAACUCGGAUGAGGUCAACUGCGAGGCAUUGGUGUGCAAGCUGUCCCACCAUGUCUGUGCCAACGACACUAGCAUUUGCCUCCCUGCAGAGAAACUCUGUGAUGGCACAGACGAUUGUCCAGAUGGGUCCGAUGAGAAGCUGUGUGACCUGUGUUCCAUGGACAACGGUGGAUGCAGCCAUAACUGCUCAGUGGCCCCAGGGGAGGGCAUCAUCUGUUCAUGCCCCCUAGGGAUGGAGUUGGGAACUGACAACAAGACCUGCCAGAUCCAGAGCUUUUGUGCAAAGCAUCUCAAGUGCAGCCAGCGCUGCGAGCAAGACAAGUUUAGUGUGAAGUGCUCCUGCUAUGAUGGCUGGGCUCUGGAACCUGAUAUGGAGAGCUGCAAGAGCACAGAUCCAUUCAACCCCUUCAUCAUUUUCUCUAACCGACACGAGAUCCGACGCAUUGACCUUUACAAGGGCGAGUUCAGCGUCCUGGUCCCAGGCCUCCGCAACACCAUCGCACUGGAUUUCCACCUUAACCAGAGUGCCCUCUAUUGGACCGAUGUAGUAGAGGACAAAAUCUAUCGUGGAAAACUCUCAGACAAUGGUGCCCUGACGAGCUUUGAGGUGGUCAUCCAGCAUGGGCUGGCCACUCCAGAAGGACUGGCUGUGGACUGGAUUGCUGGAAACAUCUAUUGGGUGGAGAGCAACCUGGACCAGAUCGAAGUAGCCAAACUGGAUGGCACCAUGAGAACAACGCUUCUGGCUGGGGCAGUGGAACAUCCACGUGCCAUCGCCCUAGACCCUCGCUAUGGUAUCCUCUUUUGGACCGACUGGGAUGCCAGUUUGCCCAGAAUUGAAGCAGCCUCAAUGAGUGGUGAGGGCCGACGCACCAUCCACAAAGAAACGGGAAGUGGUGGCUGGCCCAAUGGGCUAACUGUGGAUUACCUGGAGCGACGGAUCCUGUGGAUCGAUGCCAGGUCAGAUGCCAUUUACUCCGCACAGUACGAUGGUUCUGGGUUGAUCGAAGUGCUCCGAGGGCAUGAGUACCUGUCACACCCUUUUGCGGUGACCAUGUAUGGAGGAGAGGUGUACUGGACGGACUGGCGCACCAACACUCUAGCCAAGGCCAACAAGUGGACUGGAAAUAAUGUGACCGUUGUUCAGAGGACCAAUACACAGCCUUUUGACCUGCAGGUGUACCACCCGUCAAGGCAGCCUCCUGCUCCCAACCCAUGUGCAGCCAAUGGUGGUAAGGGCCCCUGCUCCCACCUCUGUCUGAUCAACUACAACCAGACCUUCUCUUGUGCUUGUCCUCACCUCAUGAAGCUCGGACCUGACAGGCACACCUGCUACGAGUCACGGCAGUUCCUGCUGUAUGCCCGUCAAAUUGAGAUUCGAGGAGUGGACCUGGAUAACCCUUACUACAACUAUAUCAUCUCCUUUACGGUGCCGGACAUCGACAACGUGACGGUAGUGGACUACGAUGCGCUCGAGCAUCGCAUCUACUGGUCAGAUGUGCGCACACAGACCAUCAAGCGAGCCUUCAUUAAUGGCACCGGGGUAGAAACAGUGGUGUCUGCUGACCUCCCAAAUGCUCAUGGGCUAGCUGUGGACUGGGUCUCUCGCAACCUCUUCUGGACUAGCUACGACGCCAACAAGAAGCAGAUCAAUGUGGCACGUCUGGAUGGCUCUUUCAAGAAUGCAGUCAUCCAGGGUCUGGACAAGCCACAUUGCCUGGUCAUACACCCAAUUCUUGGGAAGCUGUACUGGACCGAUGGAGACAACAUUAGCAUCGCUAACACGGAUGGCAGCAACCACAGCAUCCUCUUCGUCAGUCAGAAAGGCCCAGUGGGUUUAUCCAUUGACUUUGACACUGGGUACCUGUACUGGAUUAGCUCUGGGAACAGCACCAUCAACCGGUGCAAGCUGGAUGGCAGUGCCUUAGAAAUCCUUGAAGGAGUUAAGGGCAAGCUGACCAAGGCUACAGCUCUAGCUAUCAUGGGUGAUAAGCUGUGGUGGGCCGACCAGGGUUCCGAUCGAAUAGGAACCUGUGACAAAAAGGAUGGGGGCAACUGGAAGGUGCUGAGGAAUACCACUUCUCCCAUGAUGCACAUGAAGAUCUAUAAUGAGACAGUACAGAAAGGUACCAACCUGUGCAGCAACAACAAUGGUGACUGUUCUCAGCUGUGCCUGCCCACCUCGCCCACCACCCGAGCCUGCAUGUGCACAGCUGGCUACAGCCUGAGGAGCGGCCAGCAAUCAUGUGAAGGUGUGGGUUCGUUCCUCUUGUAUUCAGUACACGAGGGAAUCCGCGGCAUUCCUCUGGAUCCCUCGGACAAGUCAGAUGCCUUAGUGCCUGUAUCUGGGACCUCCCUUGCAGUUGGCAUUGAUUUCCACGCUGACAAUGACACAAUCUAUUGGGUGGACAUGGGCCUGAGCACCAUAAGCCGUGCCAAGCGCGACCAGACAUGGCGUGAGGAUGUAGUGACCAAUGGCAUUGGCCGCGUUGAGGGCAUUGCAGUGGACUGGAUUGCCGGAAACAUCUACUGGACUGACCAGGGCUUCGAUGUGAUUGAGGUGGCAAGGCUGAACGGCUCCUUCCGAUACGUUGUGAUCUCUCAGGGUCUGGACAAGCCACGUGCGAUCACUGUGCACCCAGAGAAAGGGUACCUGUUCUGGACAGAAUGGGGUCAGUACCCACGCAUCGAGAGAUCUCGGCUUGAUGGCUCCCAAAGGACUGUUUUGGUCAACGUCAGCAUCAGCUGGCCCAACGGCAUAUCCAUUGACUACCAGGAGGGCCUGCUGUACUGGUGCGAUGCCCGGACAGAUAAGAUUGAGCGCAUUGACCUGGAGACAGGGGAGAACAGGGAGAUAGUGCUGGCUAACAACAACAUGGACAUGUUCUCAGUGUCUGUGUUUGAGAACUACAUUUACUGGAGUGACAGGACUCACGCCAACGGUUCUAUCAAGAGGGGAAACAAAGACAAUGCCACAGACUCUGUGUCUUUGAGGACAGGCAUUGGGGUGCAACUGAAAGACAUCAAGGUUUUCAACCGAGCCAGACAACAGGGUACAAACAUUUGUAAGGACAACAAUGGCGGCUGCCAGCAGCUCUGCCUUUACCGAGGCAAUGGAGAGCGCACUUGUGCCUGUGCUCAUGGGAUGCUGGCAGAGGAUGGGCGCAGCUGCCGCGAUUAUGAUGGCUACCUGCUUUAUUCGGAGCGAACCAUCCUGAAGAGUGUGCACCUUUCGGACGAAAGCAAUCUCAAUGCACCCAUAAAGCCAUUUGAAGACCCCGAGCACAUGAAGAAUGUCAUUGCGCUCACAUUUGACUACCGUGGUGGCGGAGGCAAGGGUGCCAAUCGCAUAUUCUUCAGCGACAUCCAUUUUGGAAACAUCCAGCAGAUCAAUGACGACGGUUCCGACCGCAAGACUGUGGUGGAGAAUGUGGGUUCCGUGGAGGGGCUGGCCUAUCAUCGGGGCUGGGACACACUUUACUGGACCAGUUACACUACUUCCACCAUCACCCGGCACACGGCGGACCAGAGCCGCUGGGGUGCUUACAACCGUGAAACCGUGGUGACCAUGUCUGGGGACGACCACCCCCGCGCCUUUGUGCUAGAUGAGUGUCAGAACCUGAUGUUCUGGACCAACUGGAAUGAGCAGUCCCCUAGCAUCAUGCGUGCUACACUGGCAGGAGGCAAUGUGCUGGUAAUCAUCGGCAGUGACAUACGAACCCCCAACGGCCUGGCCAUUGACCACCGUGCCGAGAAGCUGUAUUUCUCAGAUGCUACACUGGACAAGAUCGAGCGCUGCGAGUACGACGGGAGCCACCGCUAUGUGGUCCUCAAAAAUGAGCCUGUGCACCCAUUCGGGCUGGCAGUAUAUGGUGACUACAUCUUCUGGACUGACUGGGUACGAAGGGCUGUACUGCGGGCAGACAAGUAUGUGGGAGGAGACAUGAAGGUGCUGCGUGCAGACAUCCCCCAGCAGCCGAUGGGCAUUGUUGCCGUGGCCAACGACACCAACAGCUGUGAGUUCUCUCCCUGUCGUGUCAACAACGGCGGCUGUCAAGACCUCUGUCUACUAACUUCUGAUGGCCGCGUCAACUGCAGCUGCCGUGGGGAGCGUAAGCUGAUGGAGGAUAACACCUGCGUAGCUCGGAACACAACAUGUAACAGCGUUGAUGAGUUUGAAUGUGGAAAUGGUGACUGCAUCAACUAUAGCUUGACCUGCGAUGGCAUGGCUCACUGCAAGGACAAGUCGGAUGAGAAGCAGUCCUACUGCGCAAACCGAAUGUGCAAGAAAGGUUACAGGCGCUGUAUGAACAGUCGUUGCAUCGGCCACAACUUCUGGUGCAAUGGAGUGGACGACUGUGGAGACAACUCUGAUGAGCUUCCCUGCAACGCAACUUUGUGCAGAACAACAGAGGAGUUCCAGUGCCGCAAUGGAGUCUGCAUCUCUAAUUCUAGCCGCUGCAACCAGGUUGUGGACUGCGAGGAUGCCAGUGAUGAGAUGAACUGCUCUGCUACUGACUGCUCCAGUUACUUCCGUCUCGGAGUGAAGGGUGUGAUGUUCCAGAAGUGUGAGAUGACUACGCUCUGUUAUGCGGCAUCCUGGGCUUGCGAUGGCUCUAAUGACUGUGGGGACUUCUCGGAUGAGAGGAACUGCCCAGACAAGAAGAAGACCAAGUGCCCAGUGAACUUCUUUGCCUGCCCCAGUGGCCGUUGUAUCCCCAUGAGCUGGACCUGCGACAAGGAGGAUGACUGCGAGAAUGGAGCCGAUGAAACCAACUGUGACAAGUUCUGUUCCCCAAGCCAGUUUGAGUGUGGUAACCACCGUUGCAUCUCCAACCGCUGGGUGUGUGAUGGUGCGGACGACUGUGGGGAUGGCACUGAUGAGGACAGCAAAUGCAAAAAUAAAACCUGCAGCCCCGAGGCCUUCCACUGUCCUGGUUCUCAUGUGUGUGUCCCACAGCGCUGGAAGUGCGAUGGGGAUAAAGACUGUCCUGAUGGAGCAGACGAGAGCCCCAAGGCUGGAUGUGUGUUCAACAAUACAUGUGAUGAGGCGGAGUUCAUGUGCCAGAACAGACAGUGCAUCCCCAAACACUUUGUGUGUGACCAUGACAAUGACUGCACCGAUGGAUCAGAUGAAUCGAUGGAGUGUGAGUACCCGACAUGUGGGCCCACAGAGUUUCGUUGUGCCAACGGGCGCUGUCUCAUCCACAAGACUUGGGAGUGUGAUGGGGAGUUCGAUUGCCACGAUCGCUCAGAUGAAGCUCCCCAGAACUCCCGCUGCACCGGACCAGAAAAAAAAUGCAAUGACACAGCAUACUUGUGCAAGAAUGGCAACUGUGUCAAUGAGACGCUGCUUUGCAACAACAACGAUGACUGUGGCGAUGGUUCAGAUGAGCUCAACUGCUUUGUUAACGAGUGUCUGAACAGCAAGCUGAGCGGCUGUUCGCAGCAGUGCGAGGACCUCAAGAUUGGAUACAAGUGCCGGUGCCAUCCUGGCUUUCAGCUGAAGAAGGAUGGGAAGACUUGUGUGGACAUCGAUGAGUGCAGGACCACCUACCCGUGUUCCCAGCGCUGCAUUAACACCUAUGGCAGCUUUCACUGCCUUUGUGUGGAGGGCUUUGAGCCACGACCAGAAGACCCAAAUUCUUGCAAGUCCACCUCAGACGAAGAGCCCUUCUUGAUUUUUGCUAACCGCUACUAUCUGCGGAAGCUGAACCUGGAUGGCACAAACUACACUCUGUUAAAGCAGGGCCUGAACAAUGCAGUGGCUUUGGACUUUGACUACAGAGAGCAGAUGAUUUACUGGACAGAUGUAACCACACAGGGUAGCAUGAUCCGACGCAUGCACAUCAAUGGCAGCAACGUGCAGGUGCUGCACCGCACCUCUCUCAGCAACCCUGAUGGACUGGCAGUGGACUGGGUGGGUGGAAACUUGUACUGGUGCGACAAGGGCCGUGACACCAUCGAGGUGUCCAAACUGAGUGGAGCCUUCAGGACAGUUCUGGUCAACACAGGCCUGAGGGAGCCACGAGCGGUGGCUGUGGAUGUGAGGAAUGGGUACCUAUACUGGUCUGACUGGGGUGACAACCCUCACAUUGGACGGAUUGGCAUGGAUGGCACCAACCGCAGCGUCAUCAUCCAGGACCGAAUCACCUGGCCCAAUGGCCUGACGCUGGAUUUCAUCAAUGACCGCAUCUAUUGGGCUGAUGCCCGUGAGGAUUACAUUGAGUUCGCCAGCUUGGACGGCAGCAAUCGCCACACAGUGCUGAACCAGGAUAUCCCCCACAUUUUUGCCAUGACCCUGUUCGAGGAGUACAUCUACUGGACUGACUGGGAAACCAAGUCCAUCAACAGAGCCCACAAGACCCUUGGCACCAACAAGACCAUGCUCAUCAGUACCUUGCACCGGCCCAUGGACAUCCACAUCUACCACCCCUACCGCCAGCCUGAGGUGCAAAACCACCCCUGCCAGACAGACAACGGGGGCUGUAGCAACUUGUGCCUGCUGUCCCCAGGUGGGGGUUAUAAGUGUGCCUGCCCCACCAACUUCUACUUGGCCAACGAUGGGCGUCACUGCAUGUCCAACUGCACAGCCAGUCAGUUUGUAUGCAAGAAUGACAAGUGCAUCCCCUUCUGGUGGAAGUGCGAUACAGAAGAUGACUGUGGCGACCGUUCCGAUGAGCCUGCCGACUGCCCCGAGUUUAAGUGCAGGCCAGGCCAGUUCCAGUGUGGCACCGGUACCUGCACCAACCCAGCCUAUAUCUGUGAUGGAGAUAAUGACUGCCAGGACAACUCUGAUGAGGCCAACUGUGACAUCCACGUGUGUCUACCCAGCCAGUUCAAGUGCACGCAGCCCAGCCGCUGCAUUCCCGGAAUCUUCCGUUGCAACGGCCAGGACAACUGCGGGGAUGGAGAGGACGAACGAGACUGCCCUGAGGUCACCUGUGCUCCAAAUCAGUUCCAGUGUACCAUCACUAAGCGCUGCAUCCCACGUGUGUGGGUGUGCGACCGGGACAAUGACUGUGUUGAUGGCUCUGACGAACCCGCCAACUGCACCCAAAUGACCUGUGGAGUUGAUGAGUUCCGCUGCAAGGACUCUGGUCGCUGCAUUCCUGCACGUUGGAAGUGUGACGGCGAGGAUGACUGUGGGGACUCCUCGGAUGAACCCAAGGAGGAGUGCGAUGAGCGGACCUGUGAGCCCUACCAGUUCCGCUGUAAGAACAACCGCUGUGUCCCCGGCCGCUGGCAGUGCGAUUACGACAACGACUGCGGGGACAACUCGGACGAGGACAAAUGUGUUCCUCGAAAGUGCUCAGAAAGUGAGUUUGCCUGCACAAAUGGUCGCUGCAUUGCCGGGCGGUGGAAAUGUGAUGGCGACCAUGACUGCUCUGAUGGCUCCGAUGAGAACGGCUGUGACCUGAAAUGUGAGAACGACCACUUCCAGUGCAAGAAUGGCCACUGCAUCCCUUUCCGCUGGCGCUGUGAUGGUGAUGCCGACUGCAUGGAUGGCAGCGAUGAAGACAAGUGUGACAGUGGCGUGGGUCGACACUGCCCCAUGGACGAGUUUCAGUGCAACAACACGCUGUGCAAGCCACUGGCCUGGAAAUGUGAUGGGGAGGAUGACUGCGGGGACAACUCUGAUGAGGACCCGGAGAUGUGCCUGACGUUCCAGUGUCCACCCAGCAGACAGUUCCAGUGCCAAAACCAGCGUGUCUGCCUGUGGAUUGGCAAGCAGUGCGAUGGCAUUGACAACUGUGGAGACAACACGGACGAGCUGAACUGCCAGGUACCCUCACCCACUCCCACCUGUGAGAAGGAUGAGUUCCUGUGCAGUAAUGGCAAGUGCAUCAGCUCCAACCUACGCUGCAACUUCUUCAACGACUGUGAGGACUAUGGUUCCGACGAGAUUGGCUGCAAGAAAGACACCGUACACAAUAACUGCCGCAACAAUGCUACCAUGUGUGUGGAGGAGGCCCACUGUGUCACCAAUGGCAGCGACUCUUUCUGUACCUGCAAGCCUGGCUCCCAGAAAGCUGGAGACAACAGCUGCGAGGAUAAAAACGAAUGCAAACGGUUCGGAGUGUGUUCGCACAUCUGCAACAACACAAAAGGCUCCUACAAGUGCACUUGCCACAAAUACUUCACCAAGAUCAACGAUACCUGCAAGGCUGACAACUUCAACAGCAAUGGGCAAGUGCUGUACAUUGCUGACGACAACGAGAUCCGUAGCCUGGACCCCGGUGUGCCCAACUGGGUGUAUGAGCAGACUUUCCAGGGCGACGCCAACGUCCGCAUUGACGCCAUGGACUUGCACAUCAAAUCCAACAAGAUCUUCUGGACCAACUGGCACACAGGGCGCAUCUCCUCCUAUGAGCUGCCGGUCUCGCGGAGCUCCAUGUCCACAUCCAACUCUCACCGCGACCGGCGGCAGGCGGACACUCGGGUCACGGAUUUAGAUAUCCCAGGUCUCAAGAUGCCCAGAGGCAUUGCGAUCGACUGGGUCGCAGGCAAUAUAUACUGGACGGAUUCUGGCCGGGAUGUGAUAGAGGUGGCCCAAAUAAACGGGCAGCAUCGCAAGACUCUUAUCUCAGGCAUGAUCGACGAGCCCUAUGCCAUAGUGGUGGAUCCACAGAGAGGGAAAAUGUACUGGGCAGACUGGGGUAAUCACCCCAAAAUUGAGACCGCAGCCAUGGAUGGUACUAUGAGAGAGACUCUGGUGCAGGACAACAUCCAGUGGCCCACAGGCCUGGCUGUCGAUUACUUCAACGAGCGCUUAUACUGGGCUGACGCGAAGCUGUCUGUGAUCGGCAGCGUGCGACUCAACGGCACCGAACCGGUGGUGGCUGUCAGCAGCAUCAAGAACAACCUCUACCACCCCUUCAGCAUCGACAUCUUUGAGGACUACAUCUACGGUGUCACGUACAUCAACAACUUUGUGUUCCGUGUGAACAAAUUCGGAAAGGGGCCCAUGGAGAAUCUCACCACCGGCAUCAACCACGCCACCGACAUCGUCCUUUACCACCGCUACAAGCAGCCGGAGAUGACCAAUCCUUGUGACAGGAAGAAGUGCGAGUGGCUGUGUCUGCUGAGCCCUAGCGGGCCGGUAUGCACGUGUCCCAACGGUCGCACGCCGGACAACGGCACCUGCGUGGAGGUGCCCUCCCCAACUCGGUCCCCCAUGCCCCCCCCUGCCGGCCCUUGCAACGUGCAGUGCCUCAACGGGGGCAGCUGCUUCCUAAACACCCACAAGCAGCCCAAGUGCCACUGCCAGCCUAACUUCCGAGGAGAGAGGUGCGAGGUGGACCAGUGCCGGGAUUACUGCCACAACGGAGGAACCUGCACCGCCUCCGCGAGAGGAUCCCCCACUUGUCGCUGCGUGCCUGGGUUUACCGGUCCGCGCUGCGACCAGCGCACGUGCAAGAAUUACUGUCAGAAUGGUGGCAACUGCUCGGUGAACCAGGGCAACCAGCCCACGUGCCGCUGCCCGGCAGACUUCAUAGGCGACAAGUGCCAGUACAGGAAAUGUGAAGGGUACUGUAAUAACGGCGGUACGUGUCUUCUGGCGGACAACGGGGUUAAGCAGUGCCGCUGCCCGCCGAAGUUUAGCGGCGACACCUGUGAAGUGGACAAGUGCCACUACUGCAAGGACGGCAAGUGUAUCCCUACCAACAGCCACAAGCCCACCGGGGAGGUCACCUGCAGGUGCCCCAAUGGCAAGAUCCAGCCCAGCUGUUACACCUGUGACGGGUACUGUGCCAAUGGCCAGUGCUCAAUCAACCCGCAGACACAGCUGCCAGAAUGCCAGUGCACCUCCGGCUGGCAGGGGCUUCGCUGCGAGGCGGCGGUGUCCUCGGUGAACUCGCAGGAUUCCGGCAGCAGAACCGCGUCGAUCGUCAUCCCGGUGCUCCUGCUCUUACUUGUAGCCCUGCUGGUCGUUGGCGCCAUCUUGUGGUACCGCAGAAGGAUGAGUGGGUCUGUAAGGCCGGGCAAAUCCUGCUCCAGACACUCGCGGGCCAAAGGCUUCCAGCACCAGAGGAUGACCAACGGCGCCCUGAACGUGGAGAUCGGCAAUCCGGCGUACAAGAGCUACGAAGGAGAGCCCGACGACGACGCCGGGGAGCUCCUGGACGCGGAUUUCACUCUGGAUCCUGACAAGCCCACCAACUUCACGAACCCAGUGUACGCCACCCUGUACAUGGGCGCCCACAACAGCCGCAACUCGCUGGCCAGUACGGACGAGAAGAAGGAGCUGCUGUCGAGGGCGGACGAGGACAUGGGGGAGCCGCUGGCAUAGACUGACGCCCCCUGCUAUUAGCCAAGUGCCAGCGCUCGCCCUCCCACCACACCCCACUGCAACCCCAUUUUUGCCUUUUAAGGAAAAAAGCAACAAAAAAGCGCAAACACUGUAUAAAAUGUACAAAAUGAAGGACUACUUUUGUAUGUGAUUGCAGUAUUAUAUUUUGUUCUUUUACAAUUCCUCUGGUCAAAGAAAAACAUUUUUCUAAGAUUUUUUUUCUUUUCUUUUUUUUGAAAAAAAAACUUUUAUUUUUCACCCCUCCCCUUUACCCAAAUAGCCACUACCUCUGUGCAAAAUGAAAUGGAAAAAACAUGGAGAGAGAACAACAUUGGAACAAUUUUAAUUUUUAUUUUUGUAUGAAUUGUAUAGAAAAAAAACAUUGUUCCAUUUCAGUAGUGCCAAGUGCGUGUUGUUUGGCAACAUGGACAGGACAGGGUAAGUCAAUUAGUCGGUACAAAUGAUGGUUUAGUACGGGUCCUUGUUACCCCGUGUGUGUCGCGCUCUUGAACGUGUGUAGAGGGUUAGAGUGAAAGUGGUUCGAGCAAAUUAGCACAUGUACAUUUCUUUGGCAGGGUGCCGUCUUCAGUAUUUCCAUGUUAUUUUCUCAGAGAAUUAUGUUCGAGAAUGAUUGUGUUUUUGUCCUUACACAGACUAAAAUGACACACACACACACACACACACACACAUAUA